AUGGGUAUCUACCCAUACGAACACCGUACACCUGUUGCGUAUCGCGAUUACCGAUAUCGUAUUAUAGUCGUCGUCGUCGCGUUAAAUGUCCAUCGUCAUCUUCACCGCCGGCACGCAGACGACAACUGCAACUCCUCCGGAACAAUAAUGUCCGACCGGUUCCGGACACACAACAGCGAAUGCGGUGUUGGAGACCGUCACCACUGGCCGACGGCUUUCGGCGGGGCCCCGCGUCGGCCGAACAAAAAGUUUUCGACGGUCCGGAGACCCGUCACGGGAAGCGGCGAAGGACCGGAUGUCAGACGACCGGACAACGGGAUUUUGUUGUCAUUGUCGUCUUCGCCGUCGUCGUCGUCGUCGUCGUCACAGUCGCCAUCGCAGUCGCUGUCGUCCAUGUCGUCCACUCCGUCUACGCAAAGCUACUAUCAACCAUUCCGUCGUCCAAACCCCAAAAACGUCGAAACCUGCGAGGCCAUCGAAUGGGAAGUCAUGUCCAAACAUUUUGCCAGCAAUUUGACUUAUCAGCUUUACAGGCUUGCUGUGUUACCGCUGUCRUCGGAAGUCUGGCACAUGUACUUGGACAACCGUCAGUCCGAGGGCGUUUACGAAACGAAGAUGGCCAUGUGGCGCUGGCUGUCAACGAUGAUCAAGAGCUGGGCGCCAGGCUGCGGCGUAUACCUGGUCGGGUCCACGAUGAACGGUUUCGGCGGCGACGUGAGUGACGCGGACUUCUGUCUGCUCACCGGUUGCACGGCGGCCGCUGUGAUGARCACCGGCGUCCGGCAGCACAAAGCUGUGACCGAAGAGGAAGAACACCGGAUAUGCGCCGUCGAGCGACUCCAGUGGCUGAUGGGAUUGCUGAAAAAAGAGCGGGUCAACGACAAGAUCAUCACCGCGGAAAUGCGCAUCGUCUACGCCAAGGUGCCCAUACUCAGGUUCCGGUGGAUCGACGACGGUGUCAGCAAGAUGGACGUGGACUUAUGCUGCAACAACGUAGUGGGCAUUCGCAAUACGCAUCUGCUUUAUUGCUAUUCAAGGCAACCUUUUGAAAAAACAAACACAGCACGGUCUGUGAAUAACCAUAAUGUAUUUGCCCAAAUCAAAGAAGCCAUUACUAAUAGUUACAAUCAAUUAAAAGAAACGAUGUCAUUGGAUUCAAUAUUUUUUUAGUUUGUAAUGUAUCAAAACUGAAAAAAAAAUCAAAAAAAAAAAAAGAAAACAACAAAAUUACUAUAAAAAAAAAAUUAUGAAAACGACAAGAAAACUUCGUGUGGCUUUCGUCUGACAUUGUUAUAUAGCGUACACUUACUU